AUGAAUGUAGCUUGGAACAGAUCUUGUAUCCUCUUUCUUCUUGCUCUUCUUCUCUGUUAUGUCUUCCGCCGUCUGGGUCUUGGUAAGCUCCAAUGGGGCCUCCUUCCCCUUCUCAUCAUUGGCCAUAGCCAUUUGCCACGAGGUCAUCCCCACCACGCUCUAACCCACCUCUGCGCUCGCUAUGGACCUGUCCUCCUCCUCUGUUUCGGUUCUCGCCCUGUCCUCGUCGUCGCCUCCCCCUCCGCCACGAAGGAGUGCUUCACGACCAACGAUAUUUGCUUCUCCAACCGUUCCCUCCUCCUCUCCAGCCAACACUUCAACUACAACGGUACCACCUUCGCGGUAGUCCCCUAUGGCGCUCGCUGGCGCAGCCUUCGCCGCAUUGCCACCCUUCGUCUACUCUCCCCUGCUCACUUGGCCUCUUUUGCACCUCUGGCAAACGUCAGAUCGCUUCUUCGGAGCCUCAACCUCCUCCGGAGAACGUUGCUUCGUGCAAAUGAACGUCAGGUCCAGGAACCAAUACGACUGCUGUUCGCAUGGAAUGGGCAAUGGCGCUCUUCCUCAACCAUCCCGAUGGUGGCGGACUCUGAUCUCUCAAACCUCCGCUACCUCAACACUGUCAUCAAGGAGACUCUCAGGUUGUUCCCUCCGGAUCCUCUCCUGGUCCCACGCGAGUCGACCAUGGAAUGCAAGGGGGCAACGAUCGAGGCCACCCACGUCCUGCGACAGGAUGGUCCGCCACGCGACCUUAAUGGCAAUGUCAAAUCCCGCCAGAGACGCAACCUCGCUCUGAUAGACAGGAACAUCAGGGGACUGCAGCUGGCUGUUCACCAAAGACCAACCUCGGAUCGGGUUGCCGCAAGCGCUCACCCAAAAGACGUCAAAGAGGCCCUACCCAGGAUCUUCGGCAUCCGGACCCCUGAACCGAGCCGUAUCAACCCGAGAUCACGGCUUAAACAGGUGCAGACCGCAUCAGGAGGCCUCCACGUCCCGCGCGGCACGAUGCUGUUGGUCAAUGCACAUAUGGUCCACAGAGAUCCCGAGGUGUGGGCAAACCCUACGAGGUUCAUGCCCGAGCGGUUCGAGACCGAGGAAGGAGAAGGAUACAAGUUCAUUCCAAGUUCAUUCCCUUCGGAGCUGGAAGGAGACGGUGCCCGGGGCAAGCCCUGGCCGAAAAGACCAUGGGGCUGGCGCUGGCGUCUCUGGUGCAGUGCUUUGAGUGGAGGAGAGUUGGAGAAGAGGAGGUGGAUCUCAGUGAGAGCGAGGGACGCACCGCUCCCAUGGCUGUUCCCUUGGAGGCUUCGUGCAUGCCUCGCCAAGCCAUGA